AUGGAUUAAGAUCGAUAGUAAAGGAUUGAAAAUUUGUAACAGAAGUAUUUCUCCCAUCUCUAAAAACGAAUAAGUUAAAUGGUAAGUCACGAAAAUUAAAAAAUCGCUACUUUAUUGUACACCGUAAUAUUUGAUGAUUCUUAUUAUGAAAUAAUAAAAGUGUAUAAUUAUUCUGAGUAAGAGUUGAAUAACCAAAUUGCUAAAACUAUAUUUAUUCCUUUAAGUGAAAUCGAAUUAAAUAAUACUUAAUAACUAAUAUAAGUGAUUCCUUGGUUUUUACUUUUUGUGAUUGGCUAAAAUUUGGAUAUAAAUAAAUGUAUAAAUCUAGACAAUGAGAACGAAUGGGGAAUGUUUUUAACGUUUGUGGCUUAGAAGUGUAAUUAUGAUCCUUCAGCCUAGGAGUAUUUUGGAAAGUUGUAGAAUACCUUAAUAAAUAAAUUUAAGUAAGUCCAAUUUACCACUUUGGAGGAAGUAGUAAAUUUGAUUGUUAGUACUCAAAAAUUGCUCGAAUUAUUAAAUUAAAUGUUCUAUUGGGAUUACUAUCCAUUUGCCAUUAGUUAGACCCAAACAUAGGAUAUUUUUUACGAUCUCAAACUCCAAAAAAGAUAGUAGAUCAUUACUAAUUCUUAUCAAUUUUUAUCGUAGAGGGAUAGAGGAAUGAUUCAAUCCUCAAUUGAAGAUUCAAAAAUGAAAGUGGCUAUCUCAUUUAUAGAAAAGAACUACAAUUAUGGUUAUUUAACUGAAACAUUUCAUAAUGAGUUAGCAGGUAUUGUUAUUUUCGGUUUGAUUCAAUUGGAUCAUAAACAAUUUCAAAAUUUCUUUUAUUCCAAGAGACCUUCUGUGUAAGAGUCUUUGUUGAAUCAAAUUAUGGAUCUAUCAGAUAUUUAGGAUAAUCUUUUUUUGAAACUGCUAUUGGUUGGAAAAUGCUUAUCAAAAUUAAGACUCUGGGAAUAUGCUCUAAAAUUUUAUAAAAAGUUGCAAAAUCAAACAAAAUAUCAUUAAAAUAGAGAAAAAUAUAGCAUCUACAUCACUUUUAAGAUUUGUAAAAUCAAAUUUUUGUAAGGAGAGAUUGAUGGAUUACAGAAGAAACUCAAAAACUUAGGCAUCUAAAUAUUGCGACACCAAAAUUAAGGCAUAAACUUCUAUUAACCGAAGAAUAGGUAAAUCUACCAUCAAUGUAUAUUUCUGUAACUGUUGAUGAGCGUCUAUAAAAAUUCCUCUAAAUUGAGAACAUAUAUCAAGGGCCAAAUUGCUCCAAUCAUCCUAUAAAGUAAUAGUAGCAACUAAAAAAGAUAUUUUACUUUGCUGUAAUACUAAUUCUGGAAACUUGCUGAUUAACAAGAAAUCAUAUUUAAGGACAAUGAAGGGAAGAAACAAUUAGAAUUUAUACUGAAUAAGACUGAAUCAAUAUGUUAGGAGAGACAAGACAUCAAGCGAAAGAGUUCCAAUUUUUUUUCAAACAUCACUUCCAUUUUUAACUCUCCUAAAGAUAGGUUAUAUUAAUGUAUAGAAAUUAAAAGCUACUACAGGGCUGUAGAGGAAAUGCUUAUAAUAAAUGCUUUAGUUCGCCAUAGAGAUAUUUGUGUGUUACAAUAUUUGAAUCUCAAUCUGUAUCCACUGCUGAGAGUUUUACUUGCAUAAAAGAAUUUCUUUGCUUUGAAUUUGAAACCAUAGCUUUACAUUUUUAUACAUGAUUUUGAGGAAGCUUUUAAGUUGGCAUUGUAAACAAAGAAUCAUGAAAUAAUGGCAUAGAUUUUAGAUUAUUAAGGUAAAAUUGAAGAAGCCAUCGAAGCCUAUACAUAAUUAAGCAGUUCCAACAGUAAAUUGAAUUGUGCAAUUCUGAUAAAGACCCAAGAAGACUAAAUGAUUUAAAAUAAAAGUGUAUUGCUGGGUAAUUUUGAAAAAUAAAGCCUUCAUGAAAAUUCUAUAAAUUAUUUUAAAGAAAUAGCUAAAAAUAAAGAGUAGUAUUAAAUUGCUAAUAAGUACCUUCAGAAUUUAUAACCUUUACCUUCAGAGCUGACCAAAUCAGAAAAGUUUUCAAGAAAAUCCUCUAAUUUAAGUGAAUCUGAAUUAUUUACCGAUUUUACUCAGCAGGAUGAAUAUUUUAAAUCAAAAUUGAAAUUGAAUCUCCCAAUUAGAUAAGACAUUAAACUAUUUUAUAGUGUCCUGAAAUUUAAAUUAAGAUGGGAAUAGGAUUCACAAUUAUUAUAGCUAUUAGAUGAAUUCGUAAAAAAAACUCAUUUUCUAAAAUGUGAAAUCUAUGAAUUAAUUAAUAAUAAUGAUUUAGAGUAAUAGAAGAUUGGUUAAGGAGGAAAUGGUUAAAUCUACAAAUUCAAUUUUUAAUGUUAAUCUUAUGCUGCAAAAGUGAUCUCGUUUGAUUUUAAAGACUCAGAAGACUCCAUGACUGAUGAUGAGAAAUCUAGACUUGAAAAUAUUCUUUAAGAAAUCUGCAUCCUUUGCGACAACACUGUUUCUAAGAUUAAAUAUUGUCUAAAAAUUGAACAAUUAGGACUUUACUUUGAAGAAUUGGGUUAAUAAAAAAUUAUAAAAAUUUUUCUAGUCACAAAAGUUUAUAAUAAUAACUAGGUGGUGAAGGAUUGGGGCGAAGAAGAUAAGAUGAAAUUCAUUUACAAACUAUCAUUAGGACUUGCAGCAUUAUAAUUUGAAAGAAGAUUGCUGCAUCUAGAUCUGAAACCUGAAAAUGUUUUAGUUGAUUCUAAGAAUAAUCCUGUUAUUAUUGAUUUUGGAUUGUCCAAAUAUUCUUAUAAGUCUUAGUAUCUAGGGGAUCGGUCAAAUUAAAUGAGUAUUUCAUACAGAGAUCCUGAAUUAAUAAACAGCAAUUAUUAGAGUAGAAAGAAUGAUGUGUACUCAUUUGGAGUGUCAUUAUUCUAUUAUUUUUCUGGUUUCACUCCAUUUUAAGGAUUUGAUCCCUAUCAAAUCAUAGGGGGUAAUGAAUAGUUUUAUGUACAUCAUUUAGCUGCAAUACAAAAUAUUUAAAAUGAAAUCAUAAAAGAUUUGAUUAGAGAUUGCACAUAACCUAUAGCCAUCAGAAUCUCUUUUGUAUUGGUUCUAAAGAGGCUAUUUCUGUAUCAAUAUUAAAUAAGAAAUCCUAAAGUAAGAAACUUAAUCGAAAUGCUAUUCAAUCAAAUUGAAUAUAAUAAGGAUAAAGAAUAAAUGAAACCAAUUUAAACAUUUCUAAAAGUAAUGAAAUAGUUCAUUAAAUAUACAAAUAAUUUUUAAUCAAAAAAAUUAGAAAAUGUUUGUUAACGCUAUGAAAUAAUUUCUCAUAAGGCUUCAUGUGAGAGUUUCAUAGAAAUCAUAUCAAGAAUGAAGUAAUUCAUAAAUUGGGUAAUAUUGAAUGAACAAGAUUUCGUAAUGAAACUUGUUGAUUUCGAAUUAAAUUGUGAGUAAAUUGAUUAAAGUGUAAUGCAUAUUACUUUUAAUUUUUGGGUUGAAAAUGCACAAAAGAUAUAAUCAACUGGAAUGAUCUUGUGGAAUCCUUUUUACUUAAGUAUCGCUUAGAUUCUAAAGUAAAUUCAUGCACAUUAAAUAUAUCUAUAAUAAAUACCAUUAGAAUUCAUAUAUUUAAAGGAUGGAAAAGUAAAAUUGAAUUGCUUUGAAUAUUCAUUAAAUCUUAAGUUUGUGCAUCCUUAACUUGAUUCUGAUUUUGAGCAAUUAUAGAACUUUAUCUCUAAAUAGGACGUCUAGGUCUUAUGCGAAUUAAUUGGCUAAACCAUGGAAUUCAUGAGAAAUAAGCUUGAUUAGGACAUGCAAGAUAGGGUUACUUAAUUUUAGUAAAUUUUGAAUCAAAGUGAAGGGAUAUCUUUAGAAGAAAUUAUUGGUAAAUUGUAAAAUUGA